UAACUACUACUCAGUACUUAGUAUUUAAUGAUUUACUAGUCAACAUUUAACAUUAUAAUGUAUAGUAUUAACUUAUUUUUUUAUGGAUUACUGUGUACGGUUACUUAAAAAUGUAUGACUAUUUAUUUAUGACAUUAUUGAACUAUAAUGUUAAAAAUGACUUAAGAAAUUCAGUAAUGAAAAUGUAAAUACUGUUAACUAAAUGUUUUUAAAACAGCAUAUUUUGGAAGUGUAAAAAGUGAUACAUAUCCAUUUAUAAUGUCAGAAGAAGAAGAUGACCAAUGGAUGAAAGAUUUGGAAAAAGCAUUGGGGGAUGAGCAAGAUUUAUCUCCAGUCAGUAAUGAAUCAGUGAAUUUCAGUGCAAUUGAAAAUGAAUGUAGGGGACAAGUAUGGCGACAACUUUUUAUGCGUGAUGAUGAUACUAUUCAAUUGUUAUUAGAUGAAAAACCAGUUAUAAAAAAUGUUGAACAACUAGAGAAUGAUAGUCAAAUGUUAAUUGCUUCAUUAGAAAUUGAAGAUGAAGAAGAAAAAUUAAAUCUUUUAUCUGAUACUGUAGCUAUAUUACUAACAAUUUGUAAAGUAAAUAAUGAAGACACUUAUGAUCCAAGCAAAAAAUGGCCAUCGCUCUUACGACCAAUUGUAUCAUUAAAAUUACCUCGAAUUGAUACCUAUAUAAUGUUUCGAUCAAUUGAUGCUGAAUAUUUAGCUAAACAUCAGGACUGUUAUCAUUUGUUAAGAAUUUUGUUGUUGUACCAUGAUCCAGAAUUAUGUAACUUACUAGACUCCCUAAAGUUAGGACCAGAACAUUAUAGUGAAGUAUGGGUGCAGACACUUUUUGCAGAAGUGUGUUCCUUAGAUAUCAUAUCAGCUAUUUGGGAUUUAUAUUUUGCUAAAAAAGAUAGAUAUUUCAUAUUCUUUUUGGCUCUUGUCUUUAUCAUUAAUGCCAGGGACCAUGUAUUCUCGUUAAAACAUCAGCCAAAAACUCAGUUAAUUGAAUUACUUAAAAAUUUACCGUCACAAUUAUGUAUAGAAGAUAUAAAUGACUUUUGGUCAUUAGCUGAGUAUUAUGAUUCAAAAACUCCGUCAUCUUUCAAAAAAGACGUUGCUGGGUAUAUAUUUAAUCCCAAGCUGAAGAAUAAUGAAAUUUCACAAAUGUUGUGCCUUCCAAUAAGUGUAACAGAAUUAUUGUCUCAUAUCAAUAAAUCAGUUACUAAUAGCCUGAAAUUUUUUGUAAUGGAUUGUCGACCAGCAGAACAAUAUAAUGUUGGCCAUUUACCUAUAGCUUUUCCUCUCGAUAGUACAUUGCUCUUAGAAGACCCAACAUCAUUUUGGACAGCUGUUGAGGGGUUAUUGUCAUGUCAAAAGCAAAGUUUUGCUGAAGGUCGAUCAGGAGGGGGCGAACAUUGGUGCUUUGCUGGCUGUGAAAGUGGUUUAGAUGCUAAUCAAAACACCCAUAUGGUUGUUUCAGCAUUUUUACAGAAACAUUCUUUAUAUGUUUCUAUGUUAAUUGGUGGUUAUCAAGCACUUCAUGAGUAUUUUGAGCAAAAUGAUAUUGAUGGGUUAAGUGAUCAUAACCACAAUAAGUGUUUACAAUGUUUACACAGCUCAAAUCAAGUUAAAGACCGACCUUCACAAACUAACGUGACUAAUGAAUUAUUUUCCAAACUAAGUGGGGCUAUGCGAUCUAAGUCGUUUGAAGUUAGAGGAAAACUAAUGGAUUUAUUAUCAAGUAAUACUUCAAGUACCAAAAAUGAAAAAAUUAAUAAUGAAAAAACCAAAAUGUAUCGAAACAUGGCACCUGUUUUUUCUAUUGAUGAAGAUGAUAAUAUUCAAGACUCUGAUGAUGAAUUAAAUGAUACAUCUAACAACACUAGUUUGUCAGAAUUACUAAACAAAUCAAAUAUAGUUGCAUCAUUUGACUGUCACCAUAUUAGAAAUGAAGGAAAAUUAAUACCAGGAAAACUGUUGUUGACCAAUAAUCACAUGGUAAUAGUUGAAGUAGAUACAAAGGAUCCAAAUAAAAUUUGUUCCAUAGUAAAUCAUUCCUUAGGAACUAUCAUGAACAUUAAAUGUCGCAAAAAAAGACCUGAUUUAAUAAUUUUUGAAUAUGCAGAUCCAAAUCAAGAAAUUGACAGAUUCCUAAUACCACAAUCACAAAAAGCCACAGACAUCAUUAGUAAGCAGAUUUUGGAUUUUAUUGAAAGGAAUGACAGCUGAUAAAUCUAUAAGAAAUUACUAAAUAAGUCGAAGUCAUUGCAUACUUUUAAUAAAGUUUUAUACAAUAUUGAAAAAAAUCAUUAUAAAAACAAUAUCUGUAUUAUAAUUAUUUAAAAAAAUAAUUUUACUUAUAUUUUAAAAUACUUGAUUCUAUAAAAAAAAAAAAGUGUGUACAAUGUAUAUUAUUUUUUGUGUCAAUGAACCAUUAUAAUGUUUAUUUAUUUUAGUUGCUGGAUGCAAUGACUUAUUUUUAAUUUUAGUUAUUUUUAUUACUUAAUAAUGGAAACAAUGUACAAUAGUGAUUUGUAUUAUAAGAAAACCCCUAAAUUCUGUACAUUAAGCUACAAUCUAGCUGUUUACAACAAUAAUGACAAUAUUUUAGGUUUCCAAUUGUAAUUUGUUUGCUAUAUUAUACCUCUAUUAUUUAAUCUGAAAAGUGAUAAUUUAUUUCU